AUGGCUACUACUGCUUCGUCCCAGAAUAAUCAACCUGCUAAUUCCGAGAAUACAAAAAGUCGAUUAGACAACCAAAGGACGCAACAAGAUAACGUAUACCAGGAGGAUCAGCAGGACCUAGCUGACGAGAUUCUCAUACUCGCAAGGUCGUUACGAAAUGCUCCACCUACCGACGCGCAGACCAGAACGCUAGCCUUGGCCAAGCAGCCCAGGUUUGGGGAUUUGUCUCGCUAUUCCAUCAGCAACGAAGAUGAGAAUAGCUUGUGGGAGAUAGAAGCGGCUCGACUUAUAGACAACUUGAAAGCAGCACCCGAGACUUUCAACCCUGACUGCAGCUCUACAAUGCUCUCCGCCAUUGACACCGCAGGGUUUACCUAUCUUGAAAAGCUUUCUGAUCAGAUGCUGUGUGCAUUAUCAAUGUGUGGGCUAGAUGACAGCUCGGUCCUUGAGACUCAUUGCUCUGCAGCUGCUUCUCCGAAUGGAUCUAUUGUCGGUCGAAGUUUCAAGAAGUUGGAAGAUGAAUCGCGGUAUAGGCCUGAAACCUAUCAAGUUCGUGGAGUCCCCAUGUCAAGUGUACCUCACAAGGCUAUCUGGAGUGGACAGGUUCCUCAGACGGUUCCUCCACCGAUGGUGACUUUGGAUGAUGUCGAUGCGGUUACGUACUACCUUCUCGUCGACUACAUCACAGCUACGCUGGCUCGUAUUUUGUUGACGGGAUUCAAUCGACAUCAGCUUUACUGGCUGGGCAUUGUCGUCACUGUUCUUGCAAAGUUCUCAACAAAGCUUAAGGCUCUGUCACAUAACCUUCAUGAAUUUCUCCUCGAAACUCUGAUAACUUAUGACAACCUUCGCAAGUGUCCUGACCUACAUAAGUUCUAUGCUGGAGAUAACUUGUCCGAUGUUGAUUUGAACAUAAGAAUAGCUACGAUAAAGUUAACUAUUGGAUCCAGUGACAGCUAUCUUGCCGAUUAUGUCUCCGAUAUGGGUGUCGUAUCGAACUGGCUGUUCCGUCUUCUAUGGCAUAUUCUCACUGAUAUGAAAACUCGCAAUACUAGAGGCAGAACUACGGAUGAGUUCGAGAUAUCUGCUACUGUCUUUUCAGCUGGCUCACGCGGUGUUUCUACCUUGGUCUAUCAGAAUCGACCCGGCCACAUCUCGGGUUCCUCGUCCAGCGUCGCAGUUGCAAUGUAUCACCGAGCCUUUGAGAUCAUGAUGGAUACUGCCGCUUCUAUCAAGAAGGAACGUACGCAAGCUGUUCAAAUUGAACAGGUGGCCCAAUGUACACUAUCUAUUGGGGCCGGGAAGUCAUUCCCUGACCAGAGCUUUAAGAUAAGGUCGAUGGCAGAUCUCAUCAGUAUCAUGGUUAUUUUCUCGUCCGUGGAUCCAACUCUGAUCGAGGAUAUGGUUCCUGUCUGCGAUACAAUACGUGCAUCAACCGUCCUUCCAGUCAUUUACAGCACAGUAAAAUGUCAUGCCUCUUUUGCAAGUCUUAAGACUAUUCCACCACAGGUAAAUCGAACGAUACUCCAAGACAGUCGCCCUUUAUCCGAAUCGUUCAUCUUGCAUAGUGGCAAUCGUAUAUUGUCAGGUUUCAGAGACCGUCAAACUAUUCCUUGGAACUGGAGCUCCAAUGCUAUUACUCAGAAGGAGCUGCAUACAUCCGAAUCCAUGCGCAGGCGAAUCUCAACCUCAGCUCGAAGAUGGGCAGUGGAAGACCAAGCUAUCAGUGUCAGCUGUCUGGGCUAUACCAUUACCGUCUUGACGGGCUGUGCAAUUCUUGUUCUGGGAGGCCUGAUGGCUGGAUUCUUUGUCGGAUCCCGAAUCGACGGUGUAGAUCCCUUCAAUUUGACGAUGUUUUCUUGGAUCGUUGCUGCAUUCAUCAUCGUGGUAUGCAAGAGCCUACGAGUCGCUGAAUGGACCUGGAGAGACUUCUUGAAAGGACGCGUUACAUGUCGGAGCGUUCACGAGCUCGCAAGUGUAACAAAUCUGGACGAGCAAGGUAUUAUCAUGCAUCUACUGUCUUCAGAACAUGAAUUACCUCUGAAACUUCGGGGACCUUAUAAUGGCGUCUUCGCUAAAACCGGAUCAGAAGGCUUUUCUGUCGAUAUCAAGCCCAAGAUGGGUACUCUAUUUGUUAGCGGCUUGGUUAUCUUGGAGGUCAUGAUGGAGAGCGGUUCAGCCCUUGUGUGUCUCGAUCUCAGACCUCAGAAUAUAACAAAUGACAGAGAACGUGACGAUGCUACGGGUAGACGACGAAUAGUACAUGGGCAACGUGAGGCAUGCCUUGUACUAGCAUGUAGGAUUCCGCGCCAGGAGGGUGAAAUUGAGAGGGACAUUACAUUCAGAUGGCAAUGGCUGAGCUGGGAGAAGGUUACUGGCUUGUAUAAUAACCCCAAUCAGAAUGUGAGGUAG